UGAUGAUAUAGCCUUUAAAAUAAUUAAAUACUUAAUUGGAAAUGAUGGAAAAUGGGUUUUGUGUGCAAAAUAUUACCCAUUCAUUCCAUUACUUCAUUAGCGAUUCCUUUUAUGUGUACAAGGAAGGAAGUUUUUUUAGAAUUCAUUGAAUGUCUGUGAUAAAAUUAAGACUACAAAAUGGCGUAUAGGAAAUCCUUUUAUUAACAUAAUAUGGUGAUUUGUUUUCGUUGUCAGUUGGUAGACAGAUUGAAGAUGUGUGGCGCCGGCGCAUUACGCGAUAGAAGGGCGAGAUGGCGACCAAGUCGUAUAGCAAGCAGAAAGAGUAUAAAGAGUACUCAAGCAGUAGGAGCAAUGCGCCCUACACCGACGAACAAUUCGAUAUGAUAAAAUCCGAACUACUCCCGAAAGGCAGCAAGCUAGACUCUCUGGGCCGCGGGGCGGGCUCUCGGGAGUACCACUACGAGUACAAGGAGGAGAAACACCCUUCAGGGAAGUACGACAGGAAGGACCUCCACACUGUCGAGGAAUACACUAUCCCAGCUCACCCCGUGCCAAAAGCAGAAAGCAGCUCAUAUUACUACGAGCGAGAGGAGCGUGACCUUCCAGUCUUGAAUGGUAGCUCAGGCACCAGGACUUACAAUUACGAGACUGUUUCCAGUUCCAAUCCAGGUUACUCCCGAGUUAAAAGCUCCAAGGUGACCAAAGAUCUGACUCAGAAUGUAGAAGAGCUGGACUCUCUAUUGGACGACCUCCAGAAAGACCAGGAGCGACAGUUGUACAAAAGUGGCUACACUUCCGACACGGCUGAGAGCUCCUCAUUCGACUACAAAAGGGGGACCCCAGUGAAAGCCCCGUCAAGCGGGUACUCCACUCUCAAGCGCGAGGAGAGAGUGGAGAGCUCAUCAUGGGGCUCCAGCCCCCCGCCCCCCACCGUCACCCGCGCCGCGGAGAUGAGGCAGGAGAUGUAUAGAGAGGAGAAGACAGAGUCCCGCGUGGUCCCGUCCCAGCUAUCCCCGGCGGUCCCGCAGCCUGUCCCGCCCACGAUCUGCAACCAGUGCCACCACACCACAUCUACGCUGUCCCGCUCUAGCACGCCCAUGAACAAAGUGACGACGACGGUGAAGACGUACACGUACGAGGUGCCGGCCGACCGCGACCCCACCUCCGUGCCCAUCCCCGCCGCUGCCGAGCACCGCUCCUACGUCACCAACGAGAAUUUCACCACAAGCACCACAAACCACACGUCGGCCGCCGCCCCCUCCCCGUCGCUGGGUUGCCAGUACUGCUCCCACUGUAACAACCGAGUAAGGGAGUACCGACACGUCACCACUACUGAUGCAGAGCACACGAACGAGCGGAUGGUGUACCCGUCCCCAGCGAACGAAACUAAGCUGGUCCCCGCCAACUCGCCGCCGCACAACGGACACGGCCCAUAUGGUCCAACAUCAUACAAGUACAGCGAGACAACCUACUCCUCCCACAACACGACGCAGCGUUUCCCGCCCUCUUCCUCCCCCGCCCCCUCCCCGGGCCCGCACUCCCUCCCCUCGGCCGCCCCCUUCCCGCGCCCCACCACCCCCUCCCCCGGCAACCAGCAGCCGCCCAAGAAGUUAGAUGACCUGUUGGCCGACUUUCCUGAAGCUCGUUUCCCCACCGAGUCAGAAGGCGCAGUGCGGCAGCGCACGACGGAGGUGUCCCGCGCGAGUGCGGGCGCCGCAACGCGGGGCUCCAGCAACAAUGUGUCGGGGCCGGCUGUGUACUACCCGCCGGGGCACACGCCCUUCCAGAAGAAGGAGGUCGCUGGGUAUCAAGCUAGUGCGCUGCAGGGCGGAGGGGCGUGGGCCUCGGGCCGCGGUGUGUAUGAACACGAGGCCGGCGCGCGCAGCAAGGAGAAACAUUCGGAGAAGAAAACUGCUGUCCCUGUCUGUCUGCCGCUGUGCUGCGCCAUGCCCUGCGUUAUCUUGUAAUUUAUACAAUUAUCUACAUAAUCUUGUAAUUUGUAAGUAUAUAUUCGGUUAGGUUCAAAACAUUUUAAGUCAAUUUCAGCUUUGACCGGGUAAUCUUGAGUCAACAAUGCCAUAAGAUAGAGAAAAGGUGUGCGUGGAAAAUAUGAGAUAUUUUCAAAUGUAUAAAAGUCUUGUUAAAACUUCACACUUUUAAAAGUAAUAAAAAAAUAUGUAAUUUUAAAAAAAUUGUAUAUUAUUAUUUUUUAUAAAAGAUUGUCUACAGAAAGCUCAAAAUACGCUGAAAAAUCUGAUAAAUGUGCCAAUAUUUUUAAUUUAAGCAAAACUAGGUGCUUUUUUUGUUAAAUUGUUUUGGAAGUUAAUUGUGUAUCUUAUCGACUUAUUUAACACCCCUUUUUUUAGUAAAAUUCCUACAAUGUUUUUCUUAUUUAUAGAAGAGUAAGCAAUCGCCAUUCCGUGCCAUUUUUAAUUAGUUUCAAUACUUUUUAUUGUUGAGACAGUAUUUGAUAACUUGAAAGUCAUGGAUGCAGAUUGUUCAUGGAAUAAAAAUAAUUUCAUUUUAUGAUCUACUUUGACCGGUUAAAGUUGUUUAUAGUCAAAGUUAGAAUAUAUCUUAUAUAACAGCUCAUUUAAUUUUAACUCUGUAUCCAUUUUAUUGGUAUGUAAUGUGAUAAUUCUUGCGGAGUAACUUAAUAAUAUUUAACAGUGAAUCUCAAACGCGAUACUUUAUGUACCAUAUUGAUAUUAGAUCUGAUAUUUUUUUUUAAUUUUGUAACGCAUCUACUAACCACCGUGCCAUUAAUUAUGAUAUUAUAUAAAAUUAUUACUGUGUAAAGAAUUGUAAUAUUAAUAAAGAUUAACUGGUAAACGUGUUUUUUAUUUUAACCCUCUAGUUCGAUCUUAAGAAACUAAAUAUAUCGUCAGUAAUUACUCGUCGCACGCUAGAGCCACCUCACAAUUUAAUCCAUUUAUUUCUUAGAAAAAAUUAAAAAGUAAUUUAACAGAUAAUGACACACAAUAUGAAGAAUUUUAGUUUUUUUAUAAUACAAUUCCUUUUAAUUGGCCAUCGUUUUCGAUUUAGUCAAUUGUAUGUGACAAUGGAAAACUUUAUAUACUUACCUAAUACUUUCUACUGAAAAUCUUUAUCUAGUGUGGCAUAUUUUUUUUUCUAUUUUCGCUAAGAAAUAUAAGAAUUUAAUAAAAGUAUGACGUGGCGUGGAAUUUAAUGACAGUAUCAAAUAUAUUUUUGAGUGCAAUAAACUUUAAACAAAUAACCUCAUUUACACAAGCCCAAAAUAAAACGUGUCAGACAAAACAAAGCUCUUAAACGCUCGCAUUCCGUAAGGCGUCGAAAUAAAAAUACGAGAUCGUAAUAAAAACACAUAUAUUUUGCUUUUAUAUUUUACCAAAACGUUGGAUCGAGUCCAAAAGGCAGUCUGCGGCCGUCACUCUAGACUAACAAGCUCUGCGGGUCUCCGCUUACGAUAAGGCCUGUUGGUUCUACGCCUUGUUCAGUGGAUCUGUCUUUCAACAAAAGAGAGCUAACGAAAUUUACAACUGUUAAAACUAAACAAUAUGUUGAUGCAAACUAUUUGAUCGAAGAGAAUAAUACUUGUCAGAACUUUACAUUGACAGAACGGCACGAAACAUACUUUAGCUUAUAGUAUGAUUUAACUUUUUUAUAACAGUGUUUAGAACAACGACUCAAAUUGUUGUGAAAAUUGUGUAUUUAUUAUCUUCGAUCAAAUAUACAAAGUGUGCGUUGUGGGUAAAACAAUCGCAUUGCAAAAUUAAAGCGCAGAAGCUCUGUGUAUUUAACAAUUAUUUACUUACAAACGAAACAAUUUCUCAGUAUUUAUCCAUUGAUAAAACAGUAACAUAAUCUGAACCAAUGUUGCAUGUUUUUGGACUAAACAAAAACGAAUAAGAAAUACAUAGAUCCAUUCGGGACGCAAAUUCAAUUGUUAACACUUUUGUACAUUACUGGCACAUUUUUAUUUAAAUAAAAUAUAUGUUUAGAAAGACUUUACACAAACCGGUUCAUAAAAGAGACGUCAAAUCUCGAACUAUAUCCAAAAAAUGAAGAUAUUAUGAAAGUUUUGUCAAAUUAACUGAGAUUUGUUUGUAUGAUAAAAAUAUUACUUUGGUAGACAAGUCGAUAUCCUCUUAAAACCAUACAAAACUAACAACGCACCCGUGGUUUGACCACGUUAUAACCAAUCAACGAAAAAAAAAAAAAAACAAA